UCACGGUCAUACGUACACAUAACACACACAGCGGCACUUAUCUCUUCCCGCCAUAAGCACUCCCUGUUAGGGGCUAAUAGUGCUAGCUCACUCUCCGAAAUUUCCUUCUAAAUUUCUAGGGCUUCUGAAAAAAUAAAAUUCUGUAGAUACCAAGCCAUGAGCGAUUCUAGGGUGUACCCUGAAUCAUCUUACAGCUUUCAACAAUCCGGGGCGGGUACCAUAACCCGGAUACGAUUAGAGAAUUUCAUGUGCCACAGUAGCCUCCAAAUCGAGCUCGGCGAGUAUCUCAAUUUUAUCACCGGUCAAAACGGAAGUGGUAAAAGUGCUAUAUUGACUGCUAUAUGUAUUGCAUUUGGAUGCCGAGCGAAAGGAACUCAAAGGGCUUCUACUUUGAAGGAUUUUAUCAAAACUGGUUGCAGCUAUGCUUUGGUUCAAGUUGAAUUAAAAAAUCAAGGAGGUGAUGCAUUCAAGCCAGAUAUUUAUGGUCCUUCCAUCACUAUUGUGCGCAGGAUUACUGAAUCUGGCAGCACCAUUGUUUUAAAGGAUCACCAAGGGAAACGAGUGGCCAGUCGAAGACAAGAGCUUUCUGAACUAGUAGAUCAUUUUAAUAUUGAUGUUGAGAAUCCGUGUGUAGUAAUGAGUCAAGACAAAAGCAGAGAGUUUCUGCAUUCUGGAAAUGACAAAGAUAAAUUCAAGUUCUUCUUCAAGGCCACACUUCUCCAGCAAGUUAAUGAUCUUUUACAAAGUAUUUAUGAACACUUGAAUAAAGCUGAUGCUCUUGUUGUUGAAUUGGAGGCUGCAAUAAGGCCCAUACAACUUGAACUUCUUGAGUUGCAAGGAAAGAUAAAGAGCAUGGAACAAGUGGAACAGAUAACACUACAGGCACAACAAUUGAAGAAAAAACUGGCCUGGGCUUGGGUAUAUGAUGUUGACAGACAACUCCAGGAACAAACUGCAAAGAUUGGAAAGCUGAAAGAUCGUAUCCCUGCUUGCCAAGCUAAAAUUGAUGCCAAACUUAGGAAAUUGGAGUCACUAAGGGAUCGUUUUGCAAAGAAGAAAGCUCAAAUUGCAGUCAUGGUGGAAAAAACAUCAGAGGUUAGGAGAAGGCAGGAUGAGUUGCGGCAUGCUAUUUCCUUGGCAACAAAUGAGAAGCAUGAGCUAGAACAAGAGGAUGGCCGUAGAAAUAAUUCCAUUCAGAAAAUGGUGAAACGUGUGAAGUUGAUUGAACAACAGAUCCAGGAUAUUCAUGAGCAACAUGUUAGAAAUACACAGGCUGAAGAAUCUGAAAUAGAGGAAAAGCUGAAGGAACUCCGGCAUGAGGUUGAUUCUGCUAUUUCAACCCUUUCAAGUUUGAAGGAAGAAGAAAGUGCCUUAGCUGAGAAACAUUCAAAAGGGAUGAAUGAGAUUAGAAAGAUAGCUGAUGAGAUAGAAGAUUAUGAAAAGAAGUACCGUGAGAUAACAUCUUAUGUCCGUGAGCUCCAGCAAAAUCAAACCAACAAGGUUACAGCUUUUGGAGGUGAUAGAGUGAUAAGUCUUUUACGUGCAAUUGAGAGACAACACCAUAGAUUCAAAAGGCCGCCCAUUGGUCCAAUUGGUGCUCAUGUGACCUUGGUCAAUGGAGAUAGAUGGGCUCCUGCAGUUGAACAAGCUAUUGGGAAAUUGCUCAAUGCUUUUAUUGUGACUGAUCAUAAAGAUGCUCUUCUUCUGAGACAUUGCGCUAGAGAUUCAAACUAUAACCACCUUCAGAUUAUUAUCUAUGACUUUGCAAGGCCCCGGAUGAGAUUACCUCAGCACAUGCUUCCCCAGACAAAGCAUCCAACAACUCUCUCUCUUUUAAAUUCUGAUAAUCCUACUGUUAUAAAUGUCUUGGUGGAUAUGGGGAAUGUUGAGAGGCAAGUUCUUGUUAGAGACUAUGAUGAAGGCAAAGCUGUUGCUUUUGAACAAAGAAUAUCAAAUCUUAAGGAGGUUUAUACUUUGGAUGGACACAAAAUGUUUUCUCGUGGUUCUGUUCAGACGAUUCUACCUUCAAACAAGAAGCUGAGAACUGGUCGCCUUUGUAGUUCUUAUGAUGAAAAAAUUAAGGAUCUUGAAAGAGAAGCAUCAAAUGUACAAGAAGAAGCUCAACAGUGCCGGAGGCGGAAGAGGGAUUCAGAAGAAAAACUUCAGGAUCUUCAACAUCAUUUACAAAGUGUAAAGAGGAAGUGCACUAGUGCAGAGCGGAAUCUAAUGUCGAAGAAACUAGCUUUGCAAGAUGUGAAGAACUCAUUUGUUGCUGAAGCUGGUCCACCAUCUGCUUCAACAGUUGAUGAGCUUCAUCAAGAAAUUUCAAUUGUUCAAGAGGAAAUAAGAGAAAAGGAAAUAUCAUUAGAAAAUAUUCAAAUGAGAAUGAGCGAAUCCGAAGCAAAAGUAAGAAAUCUUAAAUUAUCGUUCGAGAGUUUAUGUGAGUCAGCAAAGGAGGAGAUUGAGGCCUUUGAGAAAGCUGAGAGGGAGCUAAUGGAGACUGAAAACGAUAUACAUUCUUCUGAAGCGGAGAAGGCUCACUAUGAAAGUGUAAUGUGCAAGAAGGUUUUUCCUGAUAUUGAAGAGGCCGAGAAAGAGUAUGAGGAGCUUAAAGUAUUGCAUAAGGAUAGUUGCCGAAAGGCUUCUAUUAUUUGUCCUGAGAGUGAAAUUGAAGCUUUAGGAGGUAGGGAUGGGAGCACUCCUGAACAGCUUAGCGCCCAAUUGAACAAAUUGAAUCAAAGACUGCAGCACGAGAGUCAGAGGCAUUCUGAGUCUAUCGAGGACCUCAGAAUGUUGUAUGAGAAAAAAGAACGUAAGAUUUCAAGAAAGCAGCAAACUUACAAAGCUUUCCGAGAAAAACUGGAUGCUUGUCGAAAAGCCCUAGACUUGCGAUUUAGCAAGUUUCAAAGGAAUGCAACUCUUCUGAAGCGUCAAUUAACUUGGAAAUUUAAUGGCCAUUUGGGAAAGAAGGGAAUUAGUGGGCAUAUCAAAAUUAGUUACGAGGAGAAGACACUCUCCAUAGAGGUAAAGAUGCCCCAGGAUGCAUCAAGCAGAACUGUGCGCGAUACUAGGGGCCUUUCAGGUGGGGAACGCUCAUUUUCAACAUUGUGCUUUGCAUUGGCUCUUCAUGAUAUGACUGAAGCUCCAUUUCGAGCAAUGGAUGAGUUUGACGUGUUUAUGGAUGCUGUUAGUCGGAAAAUCAGUCUUGAUACAUUGGUUGAUUUUGCAUUGGCCCAAGGAUCGCAAUGGAUAUUUAUAACACCUCAUGAUAUCAGCCAAGUAAAGCAAGGUCCGAAGAUAAAGAAGCAGCAGAUGGCAGCUCCUCGUCCCUGAAUUCUCUGUCUACAGCUUUUGCUUGUAUUAAUGUUAUUAGGGCAAUUUUAUAAAAUCUGGGUAAGGUGUGUUACUUGUGGAAACUGAAUGUAUAUAUAUUAGUUCUUCAAGUUGCCCUCUAUGCUGUCUACAUCAGAUAGGUGACUAUUGUUGAUCUUGUGUAUCAUAUAAAACGAUAUUGAUGAGCAAUGAUAUGUAUUUUAGGAUGAAUCGGAAAUUCGUAUGUAAUGGCAGGUGUAUUGUAUGAUAUUGGUAUGUAUCGGUAAUUUUACCAAAAUAGAUUUAAGGGGUAGUAAAAUCAUUCCAUAUAUGUUUCAUGGAAUGCUGUUUUUGUUUUUAA